AUGCAGUCAAUUGGCCUUGAGAAAAAACUNCUGCUAUUGGCCUCCUCUGUGAGCUGCAAGUUCUGCCAGCAUUUAGCUCACUUGGUUUGGAUAAGAAAGCUGAAGCACUUGAGAAUGCUCUGGAGGUUUUGUUGCAAGCUCUUACAGACCGACGUCUUCGCAUGGGCAGGUCCAUUACUCGCAGAGAAAGACACAACCGUGACAUCUGCUAACAGGAAACCAACAAUACGAAAACCACUAUGGAAGGAGGUCUUUUUGGGUAUAAGAAUUUAUUUUGAUNCUAUGGAAGGAGGUAGUUUUUUGACAGAUCUCCUAACAGAUAAACGGCUUAUCAUUCAAAUAGAACGUGCUUAA